UUAUUCACCUUCCACUAUCCCGUCCUUGCAGCAAUGGCGUCUGAGCAUAAGACGAUUGCCGUUCCCCCAAAGCGGGCAAAUACUGACUAUCCGCUGAUUGACUCCGACCCGCAUCUGAGACGGGUUUUUGGGUAUGCACGACCUUCUGACUAUGCAGUGGGCGGUGGAAUGGCUGCUGCGUCUCCUCUUGCAUUCUGGGUUAUGGAAAGAGUGAGCCCGUCCCAUGUUGGCAGGGGAGGCUUCGCUCCUGUGAUGCGAUUGGCAACAGCGAUUGGUCUUAUUGGUGGUCUGCACGUGGUUUAUCAGAGAUCCUGCAACCGUUUCUAUGGUUUCACAGAGAACUCGCGAGAAGUUGAUAUGGAUAUGAAAGAGAUGGUAGAGAAGGUCAAGAAGGGGGAGCCUGUAUAUGGCACGUCCAAGGUCUCAGCAUAUCUGCAAGGUGUUGCUGCUCGAAACUCUAGGUACUCUCAACUAUUCAUCCAUGUUCUCCCAUGGUUCAAUCUCGUCAACCAUGACCAGCAUGGAGUCGAUACGGCCAAAUAUUAUCAGCAGGCUGAGCGCGAGUUGGAAGCCGAGCGGUUGAAACAAGCUGGGUCUUCUUGAACUUUGUGGCACGAAGGGUGGUAGAAGAAUCAACACCUUAACGUUUGAUUGUCCCUUGCGAAAUCUUGUAUAUUUAGUUCCUGAAGCAGUUCGAAACUUAGAUGGAAUCUUUCUAUCACUUUACCUGCUCCAUUUCAUCUCCCCUAAUCUACUCUAAACCAGAUCGGAAAGGACCCUGCUUCAGUUCGCUUCGAUGCAUAGCUACUCCAAUAUGAACAAGCCAUUGCUGUCUAGGGUGCAGGGGAGGUGAGAGGGGCUUCCC